CCCGGCCGUGGUGGAAGCUCGUCGUCGGAAGGCGGGGGCCGGCGGGCUUGAUCGCGAUGAAGCGGAGCGGCAGCUGCAGCGGCGAGGGGAGCUGCCUGGGGCUGGUGGUCAUGGCCGUGGUGUCGACGGGCAUCAUCCUCAUCUCGUACCACCUCCACCGCCGGCUGGAGGCCGACAUGAAGGUCAAGAUCGGCGAGGGGGCGGCGAACCUGCAGCAAGACCGGCGCCGGCGCCGGCCGCGGGGGGCGAAGAAGGUCAUCAAGAAGGUUCGGUUCGCGGACUACGUGGUGGAGCCGUCGUCCAACAACGAGGAGUACCGGAGGCGGGUCUGGUCGUCGUCGCCGUCGUCGUCGACGACGACGACGAUCACUAGCGGCGCCGCGGUGGACGCCGAGACCCUCAGCCUCAGCCUCGGCCCGCCGCCACGGAAGGGCGACGCCCUCCUCGCGCUGCCGGCGCCGACCCACGCGAUGCGGCGGCGCACCCGCCGGCUGCCGCCGGAGGCCGACGCGCGCCGGCAGCGCGCGUGAGCUACGCCUGGCUAGCGGUUAGCUUGAACGCACAGAUCAGCAGAGCGACCCCGGCCGUCCGGUCGUGCCAGCGGCAUGCGACAUGUCGUCAUGCCUACCAUGCUCACAUUUUCAGGCGUCGCAAAGCUAGCUUUCCUCGACUAAGUUGUAAUAAACCGAUCACCCAAGAUCGUAACGUGCCAUGCUGCCAUCUGGAAUAUACUACAAUCGC